AUGAGUUCCACAUUUCAGUGGGUGAUGAAUCCUCACAUCAUUAUUUUCGUACAGAUAAUUCAUUUGGUCACAGGCCAGUUUAAAAUAAUUCCUCCUGACAAUCCUGUCAUUGGAGUCAUUGGAAAAGGAGUCAUCCUGCCCUGUCAGCUGAAAUCUAAGACAAUCUCUGAGAGACUUUCUAUCCAGUGGAUAUUUACUACAAGCUCUGAAAAAGUUGAUGUGAGCAUCUAUAAUGGAAAAAAUACACAAAAUCCAGUUACUGAAGAUGAGAGAUACCAGGGCAGGACAAAUUUCUUCCAUACUGAAUUUAGUAAAGGAAAUGUGUCUCUUUACCUGAAGAAUGUCAUGGUCUCUGACAAAGGGAAAUACACCUGCAGUGUCUUUUUUGAGAACUGGUAUGAUGAAGUGGUUGUUGAACUGUACGUGGCAGCUGCAGGUGAUAAGUCCUCUGUUUUCCUGGAUGGUCAUGUGGGUCAGGGCAUUGGCCUCACUUGCAAGUCCCAAGGGUGGUUUCCAGAGCCCAUAGUACUAUGGCUGGACAGCAAAGGAGAGAUACGGAAGGAGAAAGUGAUCACCCAAAACGUGAAGAAAUCUUCAGGCAUUUUUGAUGUCAUAAGUUCCAUAAUCCUAGAACCCAGAUCUGACAUGGAAGUCUCCUGCAGAGUAGUCAAUGACCUACUCAACACAGUAUGUGAGUCCCGAGUCCUGAUUUCAGAUGCCUUCUUUCCUUCCACUUCACCUUGGAUGACUGCCUUCCUCAUAAUUUCAUUUCUAAAUGUAGCUCUUAUUGCUGCUAUAGCUUAUAAACUGAAGAGUAAUGCUAAAAGAACACUCAAUGCAAAUCGAUACAAGGCUGAUUUGGAUUUCUGGGAAGCUCAGAGCCACGCAGUAUCCAUUACUGUGAAUCCAGCUGGCCGAGACCUAGAGCUCCAAGUGUCUGGAGCACUGGACACCAAGAGCAACAACCCCUCUGAAUCUGCUGAUCUGAGCACUCCCUCCACAGUCCGCAUCCUGGUGGGGCAGGAAGGGUUUGCAGCUGGGAAACACUACUGGGAGGUGGAGGUGGAACAGCAGCAGGACUGGGUGCUGGGGGUAGUGAGGGAGAAACAAGAUGUGGGAGGUGUACUUUCCACGGAGGACUACUGGGCUCUGCACAGAUCCCAGGGAGAGCUUUUCUCUAGCAAAACAGACGUUCAGAUUGAGAAGAGGCAGCUGCAUUAUUCAGUGAUUGGUGUAUUUCUGGACUUGGAGGAAAGGCAAGUCAAAUUUUAUGAAGCAGUGCAGAUGGUGCUCCUGGUAACACUCCCUAUAAGCCUUGGAAAGGAAGCGGCAAAAAUGUUUUACCCAUUUGUAUCCAAAAGGGAAGGGGCACUCAAACCUUUUCUUAUCCGCCCAGUUAGAAUUCCUGUUCUAUUAGAAGCUCUAUGA